AAUCUUGCCCCAUUGUAUCUGAAGAAACAGAAUCUUAAAUGGUCUGUUUUCUAAAAAGAAAGUCCCGGAUAAUUAUUCCAAAGAAGCAGUUCCCAGUUAUGAUUGGUUCCAGACAGAUGGUUCCAUCACCGUGGUCAUAUACACUAAACAAAAGGAUAUGAACAGUGAGUUGGUGAUAGCUGAUCUUCAAGAACGUAAACUGAGAGGAGAGCUGAUUGUGAAAGACUACUCGUAUCUUUUACAUCUCGAACUGAGUUAUGCAGUUCAUGAGGAUAUGAUAGUACAGGUCUCUGAAAAAGUGGGAAAGGUGGAAUUUGUCCUGAAGAAGAAAGAAAUUCUGUCUUGGAAAAAACUUGGACAGCCAUUGGAAAGUCAUAACUCCUUUGUCAAACGCACAGAGAGAGCAUUACCGCUGGGAACCCAUCUCCUGGUCCCUGUUGGGCACCAUGUUUACCUCAGACAAACUAUUACAGGCACAGAGAUAGUGAAGCCAUAUACACCAGUGCCAUCUUUCUUGGUGUCUACAUUCAAAAACCCCUGUCAUGAUGAUCAGUUGCAUAUAUUUUUCAUAAUCAAAAUUUACCCAAGUGGACUAUUCACACCAGUACUUGAUGCCCUACAAAUAG